AUGGCUCUCGCACCUCAAUUUGCAGGUCACCGCUGGGGCGUAAGCACCGCACCUCACGUUUUGGAAGCUUACUUAGAUUAUGUGUGUCCAUUUUCGGCUAGAUUGUUUAUGAGACUUCGGAACGAAGUGUUCCCUUUUAUCGAAAAAGAAUAUCCCGGACAAAUCCAAUUUUUGUUCCGUCAGCAAGUGCAACCUUGGCAUCCAUGCUCGAGUAUUGUUCACGAGAUAUUUAUUAAUAUAAAUAUUUUAACGAAGGCUGCCUUAGCCGUAGAAAGGAUUGAUAAAAGCCAAUUCUUGGAUUUUUCAGCUAAAUUGUUUGAAGUUCAGAAAGAGUAUUUUGACGAAUCUGUUCAGGCUCUCACUCGCUCACAGAUCAAUAACUCUCUAGCAAGACAUGCAAACUUGAUCGGAAUUUCGUCUGAUCAAUUCAUAUCAUUGAUCGACAUCCCGACAACUUCCACCGUUUCUGAGGCUCGCAACCAGGGGAAUAAAGUAAGUGCUGAUCUUAAAUGGCACAUCAAGUUGGGUCGUCAGAACGGUAUUCAUGUUAGUCCGACUGUUUUAUUUGAUGGGCUUAUUGAUGAUAGUAUUAGUUCUGGAUGGACCCUUGCACAAUGGCAAGAAUGGUUAUCUAAAAAGUUGGAAAAGUUGCCAUGA